AUGUCGGCCGCCGGCAAGAUUUACGUCGCCUCUGGCUCGCCCGUCAAGGUCGACGAUGACGUGGUGGCGGUCAAGGUUGGCUCUGGUGUGGCCGAGCAGCCGGUCGGCCAUGAGGAGACGCGGCGCGGUGCGUCGCAGCGUGCUCAGGCCGUGCUCGACUCGCUCGAUGACGAUGCUAUCGGAGUUGUUGUAUCGCUUGAGAACGGCGUGGUUGAAAUGCUGCCUGGGGAGUGGUUUGAUCUCUGCUGGGUCUUGGUCGUCGACAUCGCCACCCGAUCCGAGUCAUGGGCCCACUCGGCCGGCGUCAAAGUGCCUGUCAAGCAUGUCGACGCUGCCCGCGCCGUCGGCUUCUCCCGCACUGUCGGCUCGUUUCUUGCUGAAGAGACCGCCUGCGAUCCGCAAGAUCCGCAUGCUAUGCUCUCCAACGGUGCCAUCGGCCGCGGAGAGCUGCUCCUCCAAGCCGUGGUCCUUGCCCUCGGCACCUACGCAUGGGCAUAAUCCAAUUCUUCUCUGAUAGGUGCCACACGGCACACGGCGCACCCGUGCCCACCAUUGCCCACUGUUACUGAUGCAUCCAGGACGCGGCAGUCGUCAUAUCACUCGUGAUGCCUGCUACCAUGCCUACCACAGCCAUCGUCAUGGCCUCCCACAGUGGAAGCAGCGCUCGAUCUCCUUCGAUCUUCCUUGAUCUCCAUACACACACACACACACGCACA